AUGGGCUUUGACUACACGACGCUGUCGUACUAUGCCCUCUAUUUGGCGCUUGACACCGGUGGAACUAGUCGGUCCGAAAUUGCCAGAGUGCAACCUGGAUUGCUUAGUUACACCAUCCCAGACAACACGGAUCAGUCAGGGGCCACCUGUCUCGUGAUGUACGGAAUCAACUCGCACGGUGAAGCUGCAACCCCGUCAUUCGGCCACUGCUUCGAAGCAUCGGACGGAACAUUCACCACUACCACUGUAACAACAGCAACAACAACGACCACAUUGACAUCCACCGUCACCGUCGACCCCAGCCAGGCCGCCAUCACAUCUGUAGCCUUCACAGACACCAGUACUGCGUAUGGCUAUUGGAUCGAUGGCACCGUGACUUGGGUUGCCCCGAACAACCCGGCUUUUGAGUACUUUCGAAUUGUCAUGUCUGCAACCAGCACUGGCGCCGACGGUGCUAUCAUGGUCGACAACGUAGACAAGAGCCUAAGAACCUACGAGAUUGUGAAUUCGGACGCCAGAGGAAUCGUGCGCGGGACAAGCACAGGAGGGAUUUGGGCCAACUACAUUGUAGUGCUGGCCUAUAGCAACUUGUCACUGGCUCAUUUCGUGCAGGCUGGGUCUCUCAUGCUCACUGAUCUCUCCGACGCCGUUGUGGGCAGUGCAACGCUCAGCGCUAGGUAG